AUGGCUGAAAAUUCUGUUAAUGAAGAAAAUUCUUCGUUGACUAAUGAACAAAUUGAGUAUACUCUAAAAUCAAUAAGUGACGAAAAUUCUUCGUUGACUAGUGAACAGAUUGAAUAUGCUCUAACAUCAAUAUAUGAUGUUACGAAGACGAUCUUCAAAUAUUUACCAUUACGAUCAAUUGAUACAUGUUCAACUGUAUGUCGUUCCUGGUAUGAGCUGGCAAAAUUAAUUAAGUCUCGUCGACAUACAUUUCAUACAAUCACUUAUCCAUCAGACAUUAAUACCGGAAAUUUUUCUAAUUUAUCUUCAGGAAUGCUGAGUGAUUUUGAUAUUUUUAUUGAUAAUACAAUACAAGAACAUUUAUGGUCUGUGCCGUGUUUUGCAUUGGUACUCAGUACAAAUAUAUUAGCAACAAAAGGUUUUUAUUCAUUACCGUCAUCAUCAACAACCACUGAUACCCAACAACCUCCACCAAAACAACGUCGUUUAAGAUCAUCAACAAGUGCAACAAUGACUCAACGUUAUGAUAUUGAUCAAGCAUUAUUAAAACAUUUGCCUCAGUCUUGCUCUUGUAUGUUUGUGGUCUCUGAAGGAAUAAUUUCAUCAUCAAAAAUUCCAAAUCAGAAUACGUAUUAUACAAAUGAACUUGAAUCAACUGAUGCCAUCGGUAUAUUAUUGAUGCCAAAAAUGACAUCGUCCAUGUUCGGUGUUUAUCCGUUUCAAAUUCCGUCGGAUACAAACAUAUCCAAUGAUAUGUCACGCUCAGAUUUGCAUAGAUUUUUGGGAAAUGUUCCCAAUGAUGUUGAUAUUCGUUGUAUCAUUUUCUUUUUUAUUCAACGUCAGUCAUCUGCCAUGGAUUGUUUAAAAAAAUUAUUAGAAUUUUAUCAUAAUCGAAUAGCAGUUACCGGUGGUUUUGUCGAAAAAAUUUGGUAUGAUGAUAGAAAAAUUAAAUCAAAACAAACAUCGCCCUGUGAUGCAUGUGGAAUUGUAUUUACAGGGAAUAAUAUCCGUGUAGGGCAAAUUGUUUUAGAAAGUUUUGUUACUAAAAAAACGGAUAUCAAACAAAAAAUAGAAAAAUUAAAAUACAUUAUGGAUGGUAGACGAUCAUUAUCAUUUGGACUUCAAGUCUCGUGUGUUGGACGUGGAACUAAUUUACAUAAUGAUACGAAUAUCGAAUGUAAUAUUUUUCGAUCAUUAUUUCCAUCAACACCGUUAGUAGGCGUGUUCGGUAAUGGAGAGUUGGGACACGAUUAUCUACCAAAUUAUGACGAUAGCAACAGUACAACUAAUCAGAAUGUAGCAAAAACAAUAAAAAAAGAAACAGGAAAAAGUUUUUUUCGUGGUUAUAGUUCAGUGUUUACUCUUAUUUCUAUUCCUUACUGA